AUGCCGACAGGAAGAAGUGGACUUCCACCAAAGUAUAGAAUUGAGAGAUGCCAAAAAGUGAGAGGAAUAUGUAAACCAUUUUGUGAUGAUGAUGAGUAUGAUUACGGAUACUGCAUUAGAUGGAGAAAUCAGUGCUGCAUAUAA